AUGCAGCUUUCAUUCUCUGCAAUCGUCAUCCUCUUGACCUUCGGGGUAAAUCCUGCAACGGCCGACAAGCACCACGACCUUCUCUGCGUCAAAGCCAUGCCCGACAACAACAGUGUAGAGCUUAAUGACGCCACACGAUGUGCCUGCGAUUUCCUGAAAAGUCACGAAAAAUGUAGCGAUUGCACUAUAAUGGAGAAUCGAUUCUGCCAUUCGGAUGGCAGGAAUUUGGACGGCGAUGAUUUUGAGGACGCAUGCGUGAGGAAAUGCCUGGACUUUGGGGCUACUGGGUCAUCCAUACCCCCUCACUAA